AUGAGUCAAGACAUAACCGAAUUGAAAGCCUUUAAGGAAGAAGUAAAUUCCAACUUGCAAAACCAAGGAGCUGCCAUCCAGAAGCUAGAAAAUCAAAUUGAGUACUUGUCUAAGCAAAAUCCGGGGUCAAGCGUUUCUCAUGCUGCCAAGGCUAUUGCAAGGGAAAAAUGUAAGGCCAUAACACUCAGAAGUAGAACGAAGCUAAAGGAGAUCUCAAGGGAAACCACAGAGGAUGAAGAAAAAGAAAAUGUGAGAGACAAGGAACAAGGACAGUCUUCUAAACCGUCUGCAACAAAAGAAAAAGAAAAAGAGGUCCUGAAGCCUUACACACCCAAAGCACCAUAUCCUCAACGUUUGAUGAAAAGAGAAAAGGAUGGCCAAUUCUCCAGAUUUUUGGAGAUUUUCAAGAAGCUUCAAAUCAACAUUCCGUUUGCUGAGGCAAUGAGCUAUCCAUCAGAAUCACUAAAGGAAUGCAUGAGGGUGGAUGUAGUGGACAUUGCAAUACAAGAAACCUUUGAGGAAACAACAAAGGAAGUGGCAGAGGAGGAGUUCACCAAGGAUAUGGAAGUUGGUGACAUCAAGGCUGCUGAAACAACCAUGCCAAGCAUGCCAGAAAGAGUGAAAGAAGAGAAGGAAGCACCAAAACCUGAGCUCAAAGCAUUGCCCCCUAAUCUGAAGUAUGCAUACUUGGAAGAGGAUGCUAGACCCUCCAUUCAAGCUCAGAGAAGAUUGAAUCCCGCCAUGAAAGAAGUGGUACAAAAGGAGGUCAUGAAGUUAUGGCAGGCAGGGGUAAUCUACCCCAUUUCUGAUAGCCCAUGGGUUAGUCCCAUCCAUGUAGUUCCCAAGAAAGGUGGCAUAACUGUGGUGCCAAAUGAGAGGAACGAACUCAUACCCACAAGAACUGUUACUGGAUGGAGGAUGUGCAUAGACUACAGGAAGCUCAAUGAAGCCACCAGAAAGGAUCAUUUCCCACUCCCAUUUAUGGAUCAGAUGCUUGAAAGACUUGCAGGACAUGCUUACUAUUGCUUUCUGGAUGGAUACUCAGGCUAUAAUCAGAUAGUAGUUGAUCCAAGAGAUCAAGAGAAAACAUCAUUUGUUUGUCCAUAUGGAGUAUUUGCGUAUAGACGCAUGCCCUUUGGAUUGUGCAAUGCACCUGCAACUUUCCAAAGGUGCAUGCUGUCCAUCUUUUCGGACAUGAUCGAAAAGUUUAUUGAAGUUUUCAUGGAUGAUUUUUCUGUGUUUGGAAAUUCUUUUCCUAGCUGCCUACACCACCUUGCCUUGGUGCUUAAGAGAUGCCAAGAGACCAAUCUAGUACUAAACUGGGAAAAGUGUCAUUUCAUGGUCACAGAAGGAAUAGUUCUUGGCCAUAAAGUGUCUAAUAGAGGCAUUGAGGUGGACAAAGCUAAGGUGGAACUCAUUGAAAAACUACCUCCACCAAGUAAUGUCAAGGCAGUUAGGAGUUUUUUGGGACACGCUGGGUUUUACAGAAGGUUUAUUAGAGACUUUUCUAAAAUAGCCAAACCUUUGAGUAACUUACUUGUCUCUGAUACACCCUUUGUAUUUGAUAAAAAUUGCAUGCUAGCCUAUGAACUUUUGAAGCAAAAACUUUCCUCUGCACCUAUCAUUGCCCCACCUGAUUGGAAUCUACCUUUUGAACUGAUGUGUGAUGCAUCAGACCUUGCUAUUGGGGCAGUAUUAGGACAAAGCAAAGACAACUUGGUACAUGUGAUUUAUUAUGCCAGUAAAGUUUUGAAUGAUAGCCAAAGGAAUUACACAACCACUGAAAAAGAACUCUUGGCCAUAGUCUUUGCAUUUGACAAAUUUAGAUCCUAUCUCAUUGGAUCUAAAGUCAUUGUCUUCACUGAUCAUUCAGCUUUAAAAUACUUACUUGCUAAACAAGAAUCCAAACCAAGACUUAUUAGAUGGGUUCUUUUGUUGCAGGAAUUUGACAUUGAAAUCAAAGACAAGAAGGGUGUAGAGAACAAGGUGGCAGACCAUUUAUCAAGGAUACCAUGUGAAGAAGGAAGCACACAAAGCACACAUAUAAAUGAGUGCUUUCCUGAUGAACAACUCAUGGUAAUUCACAAAGCACCCUGGUUUGCAGACAUAGCAAACUUCAAAGCCACUGGGAGUUUACCGUUGGAAUUUAACAAGCAUCAAAGGAAGAAACUGGUAAAUGAUGCCAAAUACUUCAUCUGGGACGAACCAUACUUGUUCAAAAAAUGUUCAGAUGGCAUACUCAGAAGGUGCAUAUCAGAGGAAGAAGGAAGGGAAACAAGUGGGCAAGCCGAAAUAUCUAACAGGGAACUCAAAAGAAUCCUAGAAAAAACUGUGGGAACUUCAAGGAAGGAUUGGUCGAUUAAGCUAGAUGAUGCCCUUUGGGCAUAUAGGACAGCUUUCAAAACACCAAUUGGAAUGUCUCCUUACCAACUAGUAUAUGGAAAGGCUUGCCAUUUGCCACUGGAGUUGGAACACAAGGCAUUCUGGGCCUUGAAACUCUUGAACUUGGACAGCAAAGCUGCUGGAGAACGAAGGAUGUUGCAAAUUCAAGAGUUGGAAGAAUUCAGAGCUGAAGCUUAUGAGAAUGCCAAAAUUUACAAAGAAAGAGCAAAGAAGAAGCAUGACAGCAACAUAGCCCCAAGGAAAUUUGAAGAGGGACAAAAAGUAUUGCUCUACAAUUCUAGGCUGAAGCUAUUCCCAGGGAAGCUAAAAUCAAGAUGGUCUGGACCAUUCCUUGUCACCAAGGUCUCCCAAUAUGGACAAGUAGAAAUCAUGGAAGAAAAGUCACAACGAACCUUCACUGUGAAUGGUCAAAGACUCAAACAUUACUUGGGAAAGGUGGAGGAGAAGGACAAGGUUAAAUAUCACCUCAACUGA